AGAGACUGUGCAGGCAAGGAAAGAAAGACUGCCCCCGUCUCUCUCCUCCCCUCCUCUGGCCUAAGUUUACGCUGACUUCACCCAACAGGCACCUGACCCUCCCAGAUGAGCUGGGAGGGGCUAAAGCGCUAUGCACGGCCAUGGUAGGGGUGGAGGUGCAGGCAGCAAACAAUAUUUAAGAUGCUGAGCUUGUCGAGCAUUCAGUCUUGGGAAGGAAAGCUACAGGACACCCAAUUAAGCUGCGCUUUCAGAAACUCAAGUUUUGAGAAAGGCUAAGAAAGAGCAAGGGGAGAGGAACAACAAAGUGGUAAGUCCACCAAGAGCGAAAGGGCUAGGUUCUAAUUUGCCACAGCCCUGCACACCUCAGCUGGACACAGCCAGAUUCCCCCAGAGGAAGAGCCUUCCUCAACCAGGCCCACGAAAGAUGCUGAAAGAGACUCUCUCGGCCGUGGCCUGGCUCUGCAUUUUCACUGUGGCCUUUGUCAGCCACCCAGUGUGGCCACAGAAGCCCCCUAAGCGCAAGACACCUGCAGAGCUUACCGUGGCCGGCUGCUGUGAGGAGCUGAAGGAGCUCAAGGCCCAAAUUGCCAACCUAAGCAGCCUGCUGAGCGACCUGAGCAGGAAGCAGGAAAGGGACUGGGUCAGCGUGGUCAUGCAGGUGAUGGAGCUGGAGAGCAAUUCCAAGCGCACGGAGUCGCGGCUCACAGAGGCCGAGAGCAAGUACUCCGAGAUGAACAAUCAGAUCAGCAUCAUGCAGCUGCAGGCAGCGCAGACUGUCACCCAGACCUUGGCAGAUGCCAUCUAUGACUGCUCGUCUCUCUACCAGAAGAACUACCGCAUCUCUGGAGUGUAUAAGCUUCCUCCCGAUGACUUCCUGGGCAGCCCUGAGCUGGAGGUGUUCUGUGACAUGGAGACUUCAGGUGGUGGCUGGACCACCAUUCAGAGAAGAAAGAGUGGCCUUGUCUCCUUCUACCGGGACUGGAAGCAGUACAAGCAGGGCUUUGGCAGCAUCCGUGGGGACUUCUGGCUGGGGAAUGACCACAUCCACCGGCUCUCCAGGCGGCCGACUCGGCUACGCGUGGAGAUGGAGGACUGGGAGGGCAACAUGCGCUACGCCGAGUACAGCCACUUUGUUUUGGGCAAUGAACUGAACAGCUACCGCCUCUUCCUGGGGAACUACAGCGGCACCGUGGGGAACGAUGCCCUCGUCUACCACAACAACACGGCCUUCAGCACCAAGGACAAGGACAACGACAACUGCUUAGACAAGUGUGCCCAGCUCCGGAAAGGUGGAUACUGGUACAACUGCUGCACAGACUCCAACCUCAAUGGCGUUUACUACCGCCUCGGGGAGCACCGGCACCUGGACGGCAUCACCUGGUACGGCUGGCAUGGGUCUGGCUACUCCCUCAAACGAGUGGAGAUGAAAAUCCGCCCAGAAGACUUCCAGCCGUAAGAAGAAGCCUGCUCUGGGGCAGGGCUGGGGAAAUGGAGACCAACAGAGGCUGGGAAAAGGCAGAGCAGGAGAGGAAGGGAGUACAGAAAGGGCAGGGACAGAAAAUGGCCUAUCAUCCUCAGUGAGAGAGUAAGUCUCUUAGGAGAACCAAAAAAACCUAUGUUCUGAGGAUGUUACAGUAAAUGGGAGGAAGUAUUUAAACACAAUGGGUCCCAGACACAGACUUCUUGGGGGGCUGGCCUGAGUGGGCUGUCUGCCUGUGAUCCCUGACAUAGCAGCAGCUUCUUUUCCAUAUGAUUUUUCUGAGAAAGAAAAAUAACUGUGAGUUCACUUUAACCAUUCUCCUUAAGGCCUAGGUUAUGUGAGGGCAGAAAAUAAAUCCCUUUGCUGAAAGGGACCAGAUUAUUUUGAUUCUCUUGAGUGUUAGAGAAAGGAGUGAAGAGGGUGGUGGAGGAGAGGAGUUUCUGCUUUUAAAUCCAAUGAAAUUAUCGUCAGUCUACACAAUUUUUUUUUUUAAGACAAAUAUUUUUCUGCUGGAGGUGAAUGGACCCAGGCUGGAAUUGACUGGAGGAAACUCCAGGGCUCCGGGCCUUGCAAUUGGCCUCUGAGCACCUCCCCUGCUUGGCCUCGAUCAGGGCCCAGCACUGAGAGGCAGGAAGUGGGUCCAGCGGUGGCAGGAGCUCCAGCGGGAGGGGAAGAUAAGUCCCUGUGGACGCUUGCAAAAAACUGCCUUAAAAUAUUCACAGUCAAUACAGAUAUGUCUAUUUUUAUUUACUUUGUAAGAAAAGGGCUCAAAGAGCUUCCUCUUUUAUCUCAUCUAUAAAAAAUGGCUGAAACAGGAAGGUAAAUGGCACUACGGUUAAGAAAUAAUCCACGCUGUAUAUAGCAUUUUGCUUUGUAGAAAUACAAUAUUAUAGUUUGUUUUAAACAUUCAAAGUUUUUUCUUCCUUCUACAAUAAACUCUUUUAAACCUCGUUCCUUUUAAAAUUAUUACUAUUAGCACUGAGAGCAUGGUGGAAAGUUUUAAGUGAAAAAUCAGAGGGUGAGCCGUGAGAAAGAGACUCUGAGUGUGUUGCAGUCUUCAGGGAAACCAAGGGAGGAGCAGGAAGCCAAAGAUGAAAAAGCGAGGGACGAAAAGGGCAGCAGCAUCCACUGGAAGAGGUCAGAAUCUGUCUGACCUCCACCCAACCGCCACAGAGGCCAGUGCCACCACCUGGCUUCAAAACACUUUGCAAAACAACACUCCUACUUUCUACUUGAGCAAACUUACAUAUACGCAGAGGGAAAAGAAACAUCUUUAGUCAUAACAGAUGUCAAAUAAUUUUGAAGCUUCAGGAAGCAAUUUUUCCUUGUCAAAAAGAACCAUUCGGGCUUCC